UUGGCUUGGCUCACACAUUCAGCCACAGGGGAGACGCAGCUCUGCACAACCUGUUGUUGUUGUUGUGCGCCCUACAUGCGGAUUAUCUGUGACAUCUGCCCAGAUGUUGAGACGCUCUGCUCAUCACUGACAUUUUUUGGUUUGGUGUGUGUGUGUGUGUGUGGUUGCAGUUAUUUAGGGGAGUUUUAUUUGUUUUAUUUUUUUUUUUAUGGCUGGAAAAAAAAAAAGGAAAAGUUUUGAAUUCUUGCUGGGAAUAGAUAUGCGCCUCCUCAUCUCUGCGUCUGCACAUUAGAGGCUGAAGAGGAGAGAUGAUUGUGCCAUGUGAUAUGAUGGGAUAGCAGGGGAGACGGCGACGUUGACCGCGAAACCUCUCACAAUAUGACAAGUAGUGACUGAAAUAAGACUGAAAAAAGUCAUGGAGCUCCUCGUUGACGUCGUGACAACUGAGCCGGUGAACGCCACGAACGGCAGCUUCACCACAGCUUCGUCCACGGUGGACGAGAGCGCGCAGAGUCUCGUGUAUCAGAUCAUUCUGGCGGUGGUGUUGUCCGUCAUCACGCUGGCCACCACUUUAUCCAACGCGUUUGUCAUUGCGACAAUCUCGCAGUCGAAAAAGCUGCAAACUCCGGCCAACUUUCUCAUCGCCUCUCUGGCCGUCACUGACCUCCUCGUGUCCAUCCUGGUGAUGCCAAUCUGCGUCCUGUACACCGUCAUCCACACCUGGACGCUGGGCCAAGUCGUGUGCGACAUCUGGCUCUCGUCGGACAUAACGUGUUGCACUGCGUCCAUACUCCAUCUGUGCGUAAUCGCUUUGGAUAGGUACUGGGCCAUCACGGACGCAGUGGAGUACUCCAAAAAGCGCACGCCCGGGCGCGCGGCGGGGAUGGUGGCCACAGCCUGGGUCAUCGCCAUCUCCAUCUCCCUGCCGCCGCUCUUCUGGAGGCAGGUGAAGGCGGAGGAGCUGACGAGCUGCAGCGUCAACACGGACCACAUAUUCUACACCAUCUACUCCACCUUUGGGGCUUUUUACAUCCCCACGCUGCUGCUCAUUGUCCUCUACGGACGGAUUUACGUCGAGGCUCGGAAGCGCAUCCUGAAGCAGUCCCCCAAGAAGGUGGGGAAGAGACUCACCUCCGCGCACCUGGUCACCAACUCCCCGGGCUCCGCGGCGUCCACCGCCCCCUUGCAGGGCGGGAAACACGACGCCAUGUCCAGCGACACCGGGUCCUCGACCAGCGAGAACCAGGUGAAAGUGACGCUGUCGGACGCUCUCCUGGAGAAAAAGCGGAUUUCUGCAGCCAGAGAGCGAAAAGCCACAAAAACACUGGGGAUUAUCCUCGGCGCGUACAUCGUCUGCUGGCUGCCGUUUUUCAUUUACACGCUGGUGGUGGCCACGUGUGACGCGUGUUUCAUCCAAGAGUUGUUUGACUUCUUCACCUGGUUGGGUUACCUGAACUCCCUCAUCAACCCCAUCAUAUACACCAUGUCCAAUGAGGACUUUAAGAAAGCUUUUCACAAACUUGUCCGCUUCAGAUGCUGCAGGUGGUGAAGGGAACAACGGGCGCACCCUAGUUUUUGGAUAUUAUAUUAUUAAGUCCUAAAAGUGACUAUAGAAGAAUAUAAAUAAUAUAAGUGGAGAAUCAUAAUGAGCCUUUUUACGCAUGCAGUGGAAGAGCCAUCCGUGUCCAUCAUGGAGGUUUUAAGAGCCACACACAGAAAAUGUGUUUUCUAUGUAUUUACUUUCCUGACAUCAUUUUUAUCUAAUGAUGUUGAUUUAACUGAAGUCACUGAUUGAGCAAAAUCUCAUCGAGAGUGAAUACAAAAAAAAAAUCCUAAUUUGACUAAGUGCAUUAUGUAAAUAGAAAGUCACUGCAAUUAUUUGGUUAAGAUACAUUUUGUGAACAGCAAAAACAGCAAUAUGGCAAAAAUGAUGCAGUGCAAUAAAAAAAACAACUCACUUAUUCUUCAGAUAAUAAAAUAUGUUUUAUUUUGGUAACAGACUCCAAAACAUCAUUGGUUUUCUUUUUUGUGAAAGUGUCAAUUAAGUGGCAAAAAAAAAAAAUGCUUUAAUGAUCAUAUUGUGCUGCUCUAAUGUGAGGAUGCAUAUGUUUGCACAGACGUGAGUGAGUGAAAAUGAAUGGAUUUGACAGCAUUAGAAGGCGACUCUGAAAGCAAAUAAGCAGCGUCAGAGACCAUAAACUCUCUGACCAGUCAGAAAUCACGUGGCCUCUUGUGUACAAAUAUUAGUUUUUAAGAGCUCGUCACGACAUUAAUGCAUCAGUGUUUUCUGAUAAAUGAUCAGACAGAGAGGUGAGGGACUGCUGCUGCUGCUGCUGCCACUCCUGCUGCUGCUGCUGCUUCAUUUGCAGAAGGACACUCAUGCAGCAGAGGAAAGAUUCAUACACUAUCAGUGUCAAACAAAGAAACUGUGGCUGAUAUUUACCCAGCAGAGCUGAGCACUGAUGAUAAUUUCACUGAACAAACAUUACCUUGUUUUACUCCGUGUGUGUGUGCGUGUGUGUGUGUGUGUGUGUGUUCCUAUGUUAAAUGCAUAUCUGUGUUCACAUGUGAAAUGAUUCUGGCCUCACAACAGAGCUACACAGCACACAGAGAGCGAACGCUCAUCAUUUUUCAGCAGUAACGUGAAAUAAAAGGUUCAAUUUCGCCGGGACUUUAAUGUGUUCACAUCUGGAGAUGUGCCGUGCAAUAAAUGCUUUCAAGUGUG